AUGGCACCAUUUGAGGCUCUGUAUGGGAAGAAGUGUCGGACACCUUUGUGUUGGUUUAAAGAGGGAGAAUCAAUGAUAGUAGGGCCAAAGAUCAUCUUACAGACUACUGAAAAAGUGAAACAAAUUCAAGAAAGAAUGAAAGGUUCUCAGAGUAGGCAAAAGUCUUAUGUAGACAAGAGGAAGAAAUCUCUAGAGUUUUUAGAGGGAGAACAUGUAUUUUUGAAGGUGACUCCUACUACAGGUGUGGGAAGGGCUAUUAAAGCUAAAAAGUUGAAUCCUAAGUUUAUUGGGCUGUAUCAAAUUCUCAAUAGGAUUGGAUCAGUGGCAUAUCAUAUUGCAUUACUUCCAUUCCUGUCUAAUUUGCAUGAUGUGUUCCAUGUUUCCCAAUUGAGGAAGUAUAUUCACGAUCCGAGUCAUGUUUUGGAAUCAGAGGCAGAACAAGUUAAGGAGAAUUUAACUUUUGAGAAACAACUAGUUUCAAUAGUAGAUAAGUAA